AUGCGCAUCAGAAUUCGCGGUCCUUCGGGCAUGUCCCAAGUCAACAUGCCAGAGACGGCAACCUGGGGAGAACUCAAACACGAGAUAUCCACAAAGACAUCAGUCGCAGACUUUGAUGUCAAGUACGGCUACCCACCGCAGAACUUGGACACCACAAGCAUCGACAACGAGACAAAGCUGGCUGAUGUCGGUAUCAAACUCGAUGGCGAACAACUCAUCAUCUUGCCACGCGACGUUCAGCAGUCACUGCACAACCCAAUGUCUGGCCAUGUCGAUCCUCAAACUCACGGAAAGUUGCCAUCUCUGAAGAACAUCCAGCCUCCUCAACACAAGGCUGGCGACUUUCCAUCUGGCCAGACAAAAGGAGAGCAAGCUGCACCACUAUCUCUGCAGCGGAAACCCAACGAUGUGGAGAGCGACCCACCUGAGGUCCCUGUACCUGGCCUGGAAGGUGUCCUUGUCCUCCGCGUAAUGCCGGACGACAACAGCUGUAUGUUCAGAGCUCUAGGAAGCGCUGUUUUGGGCGAUGCGCUCGAUGCUAUGAAUGAGGUUUGUUCAAGCAAGGAUUUGUCACAUCGUUCCCAGCUAAUCGAACGCCAGUUACGUUCUAUGGUUGCCCAAACAAUCCAGGCGAACCCGGACCUAUACACUGCUGGUAUGCUCGAAAAAGCACCUGACGACUACUGCCGUUGGAUCCAGCGCGAGGACUCUUGGGGAGGUGGCAUCGAGCUCGCCAUCCUCUCUCAGCAAUUCGACAUUGAGAUCUGCAGCAUCAACGUCCAGGAUUUGCGUGUUGACCGCUUCAACGAAGGCAAAUCAAGACGCUGCAUUCUGAUAUACUCUGGCAUACAUUACGAUGUUGUUGCCGUGUCCCCUGGCCAAGGCACGAGUCCCGAGUUCGACAGAAAGAUGUUCGAGGUUGCUCAGAUUGAGGGCAUGGAGGGCGAAGAUGGUGGAGCUCUGCAAGCCGCAAGAGAGCUGUGUCAGAUUCUGCAGCAGAGACACUACUUUACCGACACCCAUGGUUUCACCAUCAAGUGUAACAUCUGUGGCUGGACUGGCAAGGGAGAGCAGGGUGCCACGGAGCAUGCGAAGCAGACGGGCCACAUGAACUUUGGCGAAGCAUGA